AUGAGUCGCUGCCAUCAUACAUGCUGGCUUAAACCCUGGAGCCUGGGCAUAGAGAAGGGCUUAGAGGUCACAGACCGACCUCAACGUUUACUGAAGGAAUUCGAAAAUCCCGACGCCGAGAGCGCUGGCCUACUGGUGUUAAUCGGAAAUCAAUCGAAACAGGCGGCCUUCAAGAAGCUAAGUUUUCAGACGGGCAGGAUCCGGGCAAGGGCAGGAGGGGAAGUUCAUUUACUUGUCUCUUCGUUGAAAGAGAAUCGCCGUAAGCGUAUCGUGAUCGCCGAUACAGAUGCGUCUGGAUCACAGGUCAAGUUGCCGUUGUUGAGCGCCAGUGCUUGCCACGCUGUAAAAGUCUAUACUGACACGAAGCAACAAGUUCCUGAAGAUGGACUCGACUAUGAAAAUCUCUUACGUAGAACUCUACUUCCAUCUGCUGACGUUGUAUGCAUAUUCGUCGAUGAUUUAGGAGGAUUUGGUGAGUCGUUGAAACGAUUGCGUUUCUGGCUCCAGAGUGGACCACCAUCAACUAGCCCAGUGCGGCCACAUAUCCUGCUUGUAGUAAGGCAAGAAUGGAGACAGAGACACGAAAGCGAUCUUCAGAGGUUUGUAGCAGAACACCGGUCUAGAAGUCUUGAUCCGAGUUUCAGUGGCAUCACUCUCGUAGGAGUUCCCAGGAUGUCUGGUAAAAGUAGACGGCGAAGCGGCGGACAGACGCGGCGAUGGCAAGUGCUCAGUUCGGAGUUAUCAAAGGCAUUAGAGACCAGUAGACAGGCUCGACGACGAUCUGACUCCAUCUUCUCGGUAUACCAUCUUGCUCACUUCUUACAGUAUGCUGCUAGCGUAGCGUUGAGCGUAACUGCGGAACCUUUCAGCUUCGUGAAGGUUUCUCGGCUCCAUCGAGGAAUAGCACCAGACUUGAGUGACCAUAUCAGAAAUUUUCUAGGAAAGUUUGAAUUACUCAAGACGUUCCGGCAGGUGGCUGUCCCGUUGAUCGCCUCCAGUCUCCUCCUUGACCAUUACUCACCUGGGAUGCACCCCUUCGACUGUCACCAGGUUUUUCGUGAACUCUACGAAAACGCUUGCUAUCAAGCCAGCUCUGAACUCAAAUCAAGCUUUAAGAUGCUCAUAUCACCUUCAGAAACCUCCCAAGCUUUGGGCUCGAUGCGUGACUGGCAUCGGCAGCAACUCGCCCGAAAUUUUGGUAUAUUACGAAGCAUCGUGUCGAACGACACCUGUCUUAGCUGCAUUGGGCGGCGGCCGCAGUACGGCUUCCCAUGUGGACAUCUUGUUUGUCAAAAUUGUAUUAGAACGUUCAGUCCUAAAAGCAGCUCUGACCCGUGGGAGUAUGCACCACAAUCAUGUCAUAUCUGCGGUCAGCCCACCCCAGGAAUUUCGAUACGUCUGUUUCCUGAUACCAGCCGACUCCGGGUCUUGAGUAUUGAUGGUGGGGGCAUACGUGGGUCCGCCCCAAUUGGCUUCCUCAAGGCGAUCCAAGACGAGAUCGGUAUACCGUAUUAUAAUGUACAACGCAGUUUCGACGUCAAGGUCGGGACCAGUUCGGGUGCAUUGAGCGUCAUCUGUCUGGACAUUCUGGGAUGGAACGUAGACGACUGCAUGUCUCAUCUCAAGCAGUUUGCCCAACAAUCAUUCAUCCAGCGUUCCUCGCGGUUUACACGUUUACUAAACCGUCUUCCACUUUUGUCCAAUGUGGCAUGGCUAUUCCAACUGAUCUGCACAUUGCUAGCUGAUAGCAAGUAUACUGCUGAGGGACUGGAGAAGUUGUUGAUUGAAACAUAUGGCCAAAACCGAAGUACAACCGAUAUAUCCCCAGCCACCGCUAUGGGGGCCCAUGUAGGUGUAACAUUGACCAGAGCACGUGAUGAUUAUCGUCAUCUCAAAUUGAAUGACGGGCAAUCUCAAAGUAAAUGGUGGCAGGUCUAUUUCAAGCCAGCGCGUAUCGGCGACCUCGGAGUUUUUCAAGAUGGUGGGCUUGCAGUUAACAAUCCAGUGUGCAUUGCUAUUCGUGAAGCAACAUUGUUGAGUCCAGAUAUGGCGGAACCUAGUGUUGUGGUUUCACUUGGCACCGGUUCUGCUUCAGACGAUGAUAAUGGGCCAUCGGGCAUUUUAUCUGAAAAGUUCCUUCCUAGACUUUCAAGAGCUCUUUGGAAGCAAACCGGUUCAAAAGUCACGUGGAGCCAUCUUCUGAGUCAUCAGAGAGCGGAUAGCGACACAAAGCUUUUUCGGUUUGACGUCGACUUCAUGGGAGAAGAACCUUUGCUCGAUGAGGUAAGUAUGGUAGAACGCGUACGACAGACGGCCCACGAUACGGCGACACGAUCAUCAAGCCUCCGUAGACUGUGCCGCCAUCUGCGGGCUGAGCUUUUCCUCUUCGAACUAGAUGAACUCCAUCCACCGUACUUCUUGAGGGGCGCUUAUCAAUGCGCUGGUCGCAUUAUCUGCCGGUUGAGAGCUCACACGCCAGAAUACAAAGGAUUCAUCAGGCAGCUGUGCGAGAGAGAAGCGGCAUUCCGAGUAGGGGCCCAGUUCCUGAGGAUUACGUAUGAGAAUAUCAAUACAGAUCUCUGUUUUAAGGUAAAUUUCGCUGUACCAACCCUCAGUAGUUCGAUCUCGAUUGCUUUGUUAGAAGAGGCGGAUGAGGAAUCCCACAUCAACGGUUCACCUUUCGCGAUAGAAUGGCUUAUCCGAAGGCAAACACUGAAUGCCGGCUUUGGCACAUCCGAUCAUCGGGAAUUGGCGCAUUCUGAUCUCGAUUGUGUUCCAUGA